UGCUCAUUGUUAUUUUUAACUGCCAUCUCAACAUAACCCCAUAGUGACUGAGGCACUGCGUAAAUAUCAAAUUUGACGAAAAUUAUUAAAUUUAUUAAAUAAAUCGAUUAGUGUAAACCAACCGUUAUGGCAGACUUUAAUUGGAAAACUCCCGAUGAGGUGAUGCGCUUGCAUAGAAAUAAACAAAAGCAAAAAGCAUUACAACUGCGUACCGUACGUACUCCGGGUGCUGACAUAGUCACAGCGGCUGAAACAUACUCCAGCAACAAAAGGAAAAAUCCAUUCAUUGAUAAACGCAGUAGUAUCGGAUCGAAGAAACCGAAGGUUUCACCUAUUUCGUAUGAGUCAAGCGAAUCAAUAUUUUCGCUAAUGAAAGAGUCGAGUCGCGCAGAACCUUGCCAAAUAGCUGGAGUGACACCAAUUUCACAAUACGCAAGCAAUUCUAGAAAGUCAGACGAUCUUAAUCCGUCGCUAUUCACUUUCACGAAUACUAAUGAAAUUGAAGAGAUCGCUGACCGCCAAGUACCCACAAAAUACGUUCCAGUCGAUUGGUCAUUGAAGACGAAAUUGCGAAUACUCUGUCCGACCACAAUCCAAGGAAAUGGAUUGAAAAUAAGCAGCGCGAGUGGUGUUACAAGCUUUGUUCGUUGUGUGGAUCCUAAAACUGCAUCGAUUGGGUUGGAUAUAUCGCCAGGUGCUCGUUUCCAUCACGGUACUUUGUAUUGGCAACAUCCGAAUAUACCUUGGCUGACAUUGUUUCCCAGAAAUGCUAAAUCGAAUACAGCUUGCACGCUUGGCGAUACUGAGCGUUCUGCAUUGAACAAGGACUGGCGUGAGAGUUUCCAGUCACUUUUCCAGUUACUACGUGCACGUCAUUGUCCAUACUUUUACUGUUGCGCGAACGGAUUUACGGUUCUAUUCCGUGCUGCUGGAAUUGGGGGUCGUGUCGAAACUCAUGCAUUGUUGACUCCGACGACAAGUGGAUUUCGAGCCGCUUUGAAACAAGAAGGCAUCGAAUUUACAUUGCCGUUGAAGGUAUCCGCCGACAAUAUCAACAAAUCGAAUCCAGACAUACGGAAUCAGAGCGAUCAGAUUUCGAAUUUGUCUGAGGCAACAACUCAGGACAGCGGAUGUGUAGACGAGUUAGACGACGAUAAUUUUGACGAUGACAAUCAAGAGGAAUGGUUGGCCAGUAUGGGCGUCGAUGCUGCAGAAAUUAAGAAAAUUCGUACAAUUCACACUCGGAUUAAGCAAAACGAUGAAUGCAAAGAAGAUUACAGUGACCAGUCGAUUGCUCUGUUCGAAGGUGUUGAGUGUCAGGCUUUGUUCAAUUUUUUGUUGAACGCAAAGAGUACGACGGCAACAGUUGGCAAACUGGCCGGUAUCCCACCUACUCUACUAGCUCCGGUAGCAUUUCGGGGAGCGACAUUACGUAAUGUGGACGUGAACACAGGAAAGGUUCGUCUGGAAAAUAAAGACUAUUUUAGUCUCGAACUGAAAGGUGUUGUAUUGCCACACAUAAUGCAAUAUCUGUGCAAUCUUUUACGGGAAACAAAGGAUGUAUUCAGCAUAAGUACGGCUAGUCAACCAAGUACAAUGUCAUUGAGUAGAGCCGCUCAUGUCAUGAACGAAGAAUCAAUCAAAGAAAACUCUCAAACGAGCGACCAGGUGUUUGGACAAAGAAAUCUUUCGGAUUGUGGUUUAUCCGACUCAAUAUUGGAGGCUUUGUGUCGCGUUUCAAACGAUUCGGUCAGGAAUAUUGAACGGAUGUGCUACAGCAAGGAGAGCGGUGGAUACACCUGGAGCUAAUGAUGAAAUUUAGAAUAAAAACGAAUUUAGCGUUAAAAUGAAAUUUACAGAACUGUAAUUAUAAAGGAUUUAUUUAAUUCAA